CGGCGGGCGCGGGAAGCGGCGGGCGCGGAGCAGCCGGAGGCACCGAGAGGCACCGAGAGRGGCUCGCCGCCGCCAUGCACGUCGUGAAGCGGGAUGGGCGCCAGGAGCGAGUCAUGUUUGACAAGAUCACGUCGCGGAUCCAGAAGCUCUGCUAUGGCCUCAACGCCGACUUCGUGGAUCCCGCACAGAUCACCAUGAAGGUGAUCCAGGGGCUGUACAGUGGGGUCACCACGGUGGAGCUGGACACUCUGGCUGCAGAGACGGCGGCCACGCUGACCACCAAGCACCCCGACUACGCCAUCCUGGCCGCCCGCAUCGCCGUGUCCAACCUGCACAAGGAGACCAAGAAAGUCUUCAGUGAUGUGAUGGAGGAUCUCUACAACUACAUCAACCCUCACAAUGGGAAGCACUCCCCAAUGAUCUCCAAAGAAACUCUAGACAUAGUUUUGGCCAACAAAGAUCGCCUCAACUCUGCCAUCAUCUACGACAGAGACUUCUCCUACAACUACUUUGGUUUUAAGACUCUGGAACGCUCCUACUUGCUGAAAAUCAACUCCAAAGUUGCUGAGCGUCCCCAGCACAUGCUGAUGAGGGUGUCCGUGGGCAUCCACAAGGCCGACAUCGACGCUGCCAUCGAGACCUACAACCUGCUCUCGGAGCGCUGGUUCACCCACGCCUCGCCCACGCUCUUCAACGCGGGCACCAACCGCCCCCAGCUCUCCAGCUGCUUCCUGCUGUGCAUGAAGGAUGACAGCAUCGAGGGCAUUUAUGACACCCUGAAGCAGUGUGCCCUCAUCUCCAAGUCUGCUGGGGGCAUUGGCCUYGCCGUGAGCUGCAUCCGUGCCACGGGCAGCUACAUUGCUGGGACAAACGGGAAUUCCAAUGGGCUCGUUCCAAUGCUGAGGGUCUACAACAACACUGCCCGUUACGUGGAUCAAGGUGGAAACAAGAGACCUGGAGCUUUUGCCAUCUACCUGGAGCCGUGGCACCUGGAUAUCUUUGAGUUCCUGGACUUAAAGAAAAACACUGGGAAAGAAGAGCAGCGAGCCAGAGACCUGUUCUUUGCCCUCUGGAUCCCUGAUCUCUUCAUGAAACGAGUGGAAACCAACCAGGACUGGUCCUUAAUGUGUCCAAAUGAGUGUCCUGGCCUGGAUGAUGUCUGGGGGGAGGAAUUUGAGAAGCUUUAUGAGAGUUAUGAACGGCAGGGCCGCGUGCGCAGGGUGGUGAAGGCCCAGCAGCUCUGGUACGCCAUCAUCGAGUCCCAGACCGAGACUGGCACCCCCUACAUGCUCUACAAGGAUUCCUGCAACAGGAAGAGCAACCAGCAGAACCUGGGCACCAUYAAGUGCAGCAACCUGUGCACCGAGAUCGUGGAAUAUACCAGCAAGGAGGAGGUGGCCGUGUGUAACCUGGCCUCCAUCGCCCUGAACAUGUACGUGACACCUGAGCACACCUACGACUUCAAGAAGCUGGCAGAGGUCACCAAGGUCAUUGUCCGAAAUCUCAACAAAAUCAUUGACAUCAACUACUACCCCGUGCCAGAGGCCCAGCGCUCCAACCACCGGCACCGCCCUAUUGGCAUUGGUGUGCAGGGCCUGGCCGAUGCCUUCAUCCUCAUGAGGUUCCCCUUCGAGAGCACCGAGGCCCAGCGCCUCAACCAGCACAUCUUUGAGACCAUUUACUACGGGGCCCUGGAGGCCAGCUGCGAGCUGGCCAGGGAGCAGGGCCCCUACGAAACCUACGAGGGCUCUCCGGUCAGCAAGGGGAUCCUUCAGUAUGACAUGUGGAACGUCACUCCCUCUGACCUUUGGGACUGGAAGGCUUUGAAGGAGAAGAUUGCCAAGUACGGUGUCAGAAACAGCCUCCUCAUUUCCCCCAUGCCAACGGCUUCCACUGCCCAGAUUCUGGGCAACAACGAGUCCAUCGAGCCCUACACCAGCAACAUCUACACACGCAGGGUCCUCUCAGGGGAGUUCCAGGUUGUGAAUCCCCAUUUGCUGAAGGAUCUCACGGAGAGGGGCCUGUGGAACGAGGAGAUGAAGAACCAGAUCAUCGCCCACAACGGCUCCAUCCAGAGCAUCCCUGAGAUUCCUGAUGACCUGAAGCAGCUCUACAAGACCGUGUGGGAGAUCUCCCAAAAAACCAUCCUGAAGAUGGCUGCAGACAGAGGGGCCUUCAUCGACCAGAGCCAGUCCCUGAACAUCCACAUCGCCGAGCCCAACUACGGCAAGCUCACCAGCAUGCACUUCUAUGGCUGGAAACAGGGCCUGAAGACUGGCAUGUACUACCUGCGGACAAAGCCAGCUGCCAACCCCAUCCAGUUCACCCUCAACAAGGAGAAGCUGCGGGAGCGGGAGAAGGCUUCCCGGGAGGAGGAGGAGAAGGAGAGGAACAAGGCAGCCAUGGUGUGCUCCCUUGAGAACAGGGAGGAGUGCCUGAUGUGUGGCUCCUAAGGGAUCGCCCAYGGCUCCAGCAGAGCUGUUGCACCUGGCUGGAGCUGCUGGGAUGAGAGCGUCUGGAAUAACGUGAGGWUGCAGGGGGCUGGGGCUGGGAGGGGGGGUAGUGUAGCUUCCCCAUCCACAGGGAUGGGGCACAUGGAUAGGGUGUGCAUUGCUUUAGAAGCUCGGCUUCCCAGGAAUUUUGAUGCUCUGGCAGGGCCGUGGCUUCCUUCCAUGGAGGCCUGCGGGCAGGAGUGAGGGCAGGGCGGUGCUGGUGCCACUUACAGGUCUGUCCUGGUCACUCCAGACUGUGCCUUCCAGCCACCAAAGACUGUUCCUCACGUCCCAGAGGAAGCAGCACCCCUGGCUGAUCCCUUUUCCUUGGCUGAUCCCUUUUCCUUGGCUGGAACCCCCCUGGUGCAGGUGUGUUCAGUGUCUGCCAGGGCACUGCUGACACCCCUGGAGUGUCCCCACCUGCCAGAGCCUCCUGCUGCUCCCUCUCCUGUCCCCUCCUCUGGCUUUUCCAGAAGGUCUUUGGAAGGAGCAGAUGGGUGGAAGGGGUGUUGCUCUUCUCCCUCAGCUGCCCGGGCAGAGUGUAGCACUGGCUGAAGGUCCCUUUCCAGUGGGGCYAGGAAAGGCAGAGCUGCUGUGCUGCCUUGUGUUUUACCUUAAAUUCACGUCUUUAGUCUCAUUUCUCAGGCAGUUUCCUGGCAGGGGCCCAGUGCAGUCCUUGGCCACAGGUCAGGUGCCCUCAUGUGAGGGCCACAUGCCYGUGGUGAAGGUCACCUGCCAUCUCUCCCAGGGAAGCUCCAUUUCUCCACACCAGGUAGUUCUUAGAUCUUCUAAAGCCCUUAUCAUUUUACUGCUCCUGUACCCACUCCCUGCUCGAACUGUAUGGGCCUUCAGGCAGUUCUGCAAUAUUUAUUGAACUCUUGAACCAUAACCAAACCCAAAUCCAGCCAAACUCAAUAAAACAUGGAAUGUCGAAGGAAUAAGUGGUGCUAUCUUGGGAACACUGUUUUUUGAUGAAAAAUGGGCAUCUAUGAAAACAGGUUUGUUGUCGCUGUUGGCUAGACAGCAACACAAAAUAACAGAUGCAAAGACAUACAUAUACACAGAAUUAAUGACUCACUUUAUUACGAGGUAAGCUUUUUUAAUCUACUUAGUAACUAGUGUAUACAUUUGUGUUAAACAUGCAUUGGUUAAGAGAUAGCUGUUUAGUUACUCAUUAGUGUAUGAUCGGUGGGUUUGCAAAGAGCUAUAGUGUUAUCAAUGUUUUUAGUUCGGCUACUUGUGUUACCGAUUUUACAUUUCAUUCUYCUUUUCUCAGAGACARUUACGGAUGUGGUGUUUUUCUUCCAUGCAGGCUGUUAACAUUCCCUUU